UCACAUUUUACUUUUAAACUUUAACCUUACUUUUUCAAUGUUUUGAGUGUUUUGUGAUUUCAUUUUUGAUUGAGAAUUAUUAGUGGAUAUUAAUCACAUACGUGUAUGUGAUAUUAAUAAACGUUAAUAUUAAUGAACAUUUCUACACAAUUACAAUGGAUGACAUCGACACAGAGUUGUUUCAAAAUUCUAUUAGAUAUUUGCACAAUGUCUCAACUUUACCAGAGACAAAUAUUCCUGCUUUAAAAUCAUUUAUUUGCUUAAAGAGGAGACUGAUGGAGUUAAGAAAACAGGCAUUUUUACCAUCAACCGCAACAAAACCACAUUUACAUUGCCCAAGGUGUUUUUUAAAUUUUUUCGAUGGACCAGCCAGUUACAAAAUGAAAUCUAAAUUAAAAGAACAUAAUUUUGCCAAGAAAUUGAUAAAUAAACAAAAAAAUGAGAAACCUCUUACCAGAUAUCAGGAGGAAUACCUUAAAAGAAGUAAUAAAUUUAAUGGGAGUUAUUUAGUGAUAACCUGUAAAUUUUGUAAAUUUGAAAGUAAGAUAAAAAUGCACAAGCCACCAACUCAGAAAAAGGUAAAAUUAACCGAAACAGCUAUAAAAAAGAAGAAAAAGAAAAAUAAAAAAGACAAAUUUUGUGGUCUUGAUCAAAAUAUUGUAAUGUCUAUUACAUCAAAUAAGUCUAAUACUAAUAAUAAUAUGAAUGAUUCUGACAUAAUUUUCGUGGGUUCAGAAGAACCACAAACAACUCCAAAACUAAAGAAAAACAAAAUUAAUAAGUUAAAACACAAAAAUGAAUCUGUCAUUUGCUUGGACUCAGAUGACUCAAAAACGCCACAAAAAUUAAAGAAGAAGAAAAAGAAGCAGUCCCUUGUAACAUCUACUCCAAAACCAGUUACUAAUAGUUCAAUUCUUUCAAACAAGAAAAAAAAGAAAGCUCAUGGAAAAUUAGCUGAAAUCUUAAAAAACUCCUCCAAAAAGAACAAAUCAUCAAAUUUAUUGCAGUUUUUGACAAGUUUAUAAUUAAGUU